AUGAACCUCUCGGGGGUCCACUGUCCUCCUCCAGCCGGGUCACUCCAGCAGGAUCGAUCUCCUGGCAACGUCUCCGGGUUUACAUUUGUGAUGGAGGACGGAAUAAGGCCAGCUCGUCAUCGCGAAUCGCGAGUACAGACCAAAGAGGAAUCAGACGAGAGAAGAGAGAAAAAUAAGAAGCUCAAGGAAAUGGGAGGCGUUUGCCUCUGGUGUUACCGCAUGAAGAAAACCUGCAAACCGCAACUCCCCUGUCCUCGUUGCCAAGACAGCAAAUCCAAGUGCGUCAGAAGACCUGCAGAACUGUCCUUGCUUCGCUGUCAGGACUUGAACCAAGACAGUACUUGGUUCCAAACGACGAAACCUGAAGAUAUCUUUUCUUCUCUACAAGAGAUAUCUCAAUGUGCGUCUUCCCAGGCUGUUGUCAGCUUCUGCCAAUGCGACGGCGAAGUGAUAGAUUACUGGGUCAUGCAUGCGGCUGAUCUCGACGCUACAAAUAUGAACAUUUCCAGCGGUCUGAGCCAACAGCUAAUUCUUAAGCUCCUGAAGUGCAUUCAAUCCGAAGAGAUGGAUAAAUUUGUUACGCAAUACCCUGUGAGCUCUCUUGUGCAGACUGCUGUGGCCCUGCACAAGCUGCUUUCGGCGAUUCUAUGCCUUUCCAAGACGCAGGUAUACGUGCGAGCGACUGAUGUAGAACAAACAAAGAUAGUGAUGUUCUACAUGCUGGCUCUCUGCUUACGAGGUCUCUGCGAAUUGUCAGACGAGCUGGGUUCCGAAGCCUACAGCUUAAUCAAACAGAAAUCAGACUACGACGGUGAGUCUGCUGGCAUGAAGAAUGACUGCAGCGGUGCAAGCUGCAUCAACCCGGUUUGGGUCGCUGUCGGCCUCUACCACCGAGUCCUGGAAGCCCUUUCCAGCUUCGAACUGCCACAGCCAAUGGCUGGCAUAUUUGCUGAGGUUAAGAUUCGCUCAAAUAUGGUACUCUCCAACAUCUAUUGUGUGAAGGAGAAGAUCCCGCACGUAUUCGGGUCAAAGCUGGAGAAAGAAAAAUUGGAGGCCGAGAAGAAGGUGUUCUUUGAGAAGCAUAUCCCACCAGUCUCCUGCCGUCAAUACUUCAACGUCGCGAUCUGUUCACGCCCUUUUGAUCAGGGUGUGCCAUCCAUAGCCAUGCACAGGCAACUCCAUCUGUCCUUGCAUGUCUCAUACGAUGCUGAGUUACUUCUUAACGAGAGCCUCGGGCCUCCAACUCUUACCGCUCCUUUCCCCGAAAGCCAGCCUCAAGAUCCCUCGCAGAUGAUGGACGGUGCGGACGACUGGGAGAAUUUGGAAGCAGAGUUAUCCCAGAUUUAUCCCUUCGACGAAGGCCUCGCCGACUUUGAGGCAUUUGGAAGAAACACGCUGAUGGGCGACUGGUCUAUGUCUUCGCCAACCGACUCGUGGGGUGGGACGACCUUAGUUAAUUCUGCCCAAUCCAGCAUGGCUGGAAGCUAUUAG